CGAGCGAGACCUGUACAAGACACAAGAAGUCCCAUAGCAUGCUGUGUCCGUCCUGCAUUUUCCUCCACCUCGUGUGAAUCUGUUUAGUCUGAAAGCGUUACUUUGUUUAUAUUGACAUUGCAAUCCGGCGUACGGGACCCUCAAGCUCCACGAGGUAUGAGGCAGCUGUAUUAAUGGCUUGUGGAACGGAUUUCCGUGUAGACGUGAACGCUUGUCUGCUGGACUGGCAACAACCCGUUGACCGCCUUCCACAACUGACCCAUGCUGACACGGUAACUAAGUCAGAAGGAAGACCUCUACUUGCAGAGAAGGCGUCAAGCAAGAAGGGCUUUCCCAAACCGAAAAUAAGUAAGAAGAAAACUGGAAGUGAAUAUUCAGACCUCCGGCCUCUGAUCAAUGAGGAUGCCGAUGAACUACAGGACGUCGACCCUCAUCCAGCUGACAGCAGCUCGGUGGAGGAUGGUACCACGUGGCCUGUAAUACAAGGUAGUGGUCAUGCAGCCGAGGGAGACAGGACCAGCGAGGGCAAUUCUCGGGGAAUAACAACGUGUGAGGUCACCAGGAAUCCAACACGGAAGCAAUGUGAAAACAUAACUGAACAUGAAUAUUCAGAUGUCAAGCCCCUGAUUGACGAAGACGGCCAUCGACCAACUGACCAACAACUGGUGGACCUCAGCGUCAGUGAUGAUGAUUCCAGUUCUCUAGCCCAAAGUGAUGCGUUGACAGUGUACUACAACAUGAUUAUGGCGUCAACGAGGAAAGUGGGGACGUAUAGCAACGAUGAAGAUUUGUACAUUACAGCAACAGAAGAACAUGCGCGGGAUUUACCACGGGAGACCGUUUCAGGCAGGUUGGAUAAGGCCCAGACUGAUAUCGAACGGUCCAUGGACCAAGCCAUGGCAGUGCUCCUGAACAAGAAGAUGCUUCUCCUGGCCAGACUCAAUACGCUGAGAAGGAGACGUGAGGAGGAGCAGAAAGAACGUGACAGAGCAAAGGCAAAGACUCCUAUCAGAGUGCUUAAAUCUCCAAGGGCAAGUCCUGGUCCAAAUACCGAUUCCGAUACGGAACAGGAUAGUGUGUUCACCCGUAAAAUGGUUAUCAGGACUGACAAGAGGAAGAAUGAGCUGAAGCUACUUGAUCAGAUUGAUGACAUUGUGACAAAAGCUGAAAUGAUAUCACAAGCUGUAAAGGGAGUGAACUACAUGGCACCUUUCUUAGAGGAUACAAUCCUGGCUGAUGUUGAAGGUGAUGAGGAAACAUCAGAUCUGGUUGACGUGCAAGUCGUUCAUGACGGAGGAGACACGUUUAUUCUUGCCACCGACUUCAAAAACUCAUGUCUCAAAUCAUUUUCGAUCUCGUCAGAGGCUGCUAGCCGAGGUGUUCUCAAAUUCGACAGCUCGCCAUGGGGCAUCUCUCAAGUACAGGCCAACAUGGCUGCUGUGAGUGUCCCAUUGUCAAAUAAGGUGUGUUUCGUGCAGUUGAGGCCGCAUUUGAAGCUGAAGGAAAUGAUAAAGACGAAGAAACAAUAUUACGGACUUGUGUCUGUUGGAUCUCGUUUCCUAGUCGCUACUUCCCCAUACAGCAGCCCUCGCUCUGUGGACAUCCUCGCUAUUACAGGACACAUUCUUCACACCCUCACCGUGGAUGCCCUGAUGCAGCAGCCAUCUUUCAUCUGUCUCACACCUAAAGGCUCGUUUGUUGUCAGCGACCUUUCCAAGGGAGCAGUUCUGAUUUUAUCCCAUAAGCUGGAAUUCCAGUCUGGGUUGGAACUCGGAAACGUAGCCCACAUGCAGUCGUCGCGUGGGGUAGCAACUAACAAAGAUGGAGAUGUGUUUGUGGUGGACUACAGUCAGAAGAAGGUGAAGGUCUUCUCGAGUGAAGGACUCUUCCUGAAAGACUUACUGACUUCCGAGGACGGACUCAAGUACCCCUACGGUGUUUGUUUUGAUGAUCAGGGUCGAAUAUGUGUCACGGACGGAGGCAAGAUAAAGAUGUUUAGUUACUGAUGUAACUCCUGCUGAUAGCCUCAAUGCAGGUCAUUGUCACGUCCAAGUGUGAGUAACAGCAACAACGAUGACUGUUUUCCUACAAAUGAUAAAACGUUCAGAGCCAAAUAUGAUUCAUUUUCAUAGAAAUGAUGUUCACGUCACGCCAGGCUGCCUUAAACUUUGUAAACGAAGUGGUGCUUACUGUCAAUAAUAUCGUUAAAUAUACCUUGUAUCGUUUGUACAAUUAAACAUUGUUUAUGAUAUCUGAGAGAGGGGUAAAUAAAUAUGGUUUUGGUGCGGCUUUUAGCAACAUUACAGGCUCAGCGGGAGAACAAAGAUAGAAUGCGUUCCUGAUAAACAGUAUCGAACUUGAGUCUUCGUGUUGUCCUUUAGGCUAUCUCACCCUUCCUGUUAAACUUCUCACUAGAUUUUAUGUCUACCAGUAAGUAUGUCUCAUGAUAUUUAUGAACAUGACUCCUGAUGUACGGUGCACUGAUGUACUGAUGUACUGAUGCACUGAUGUACGAUAAUGGACUGACCAGCUGAAGGAGGAAGUCCGGUGUAUGUGGCCUUUAUACCCAUCAAUAAAAAGAAGAAUUGCUUU